GGAAAGCAGUAGACUGUCGGCAGGCACGCCAGACGGCGCACUGCUCGCGCGCUCUCUUCCCCUUCCUAUCGUUAUAGUAGGCGCACUCGGUAAUAUCCCCUCUCUUCGUAUGGUCGUCGAUCGCCCACUGGCUCACCCACGACUCUCCGUCGCUCGCGACCUCUCAGAGGCAGGCUACACACACAAGCCGCCAGUUACGCAACAAUAACAACGCUGUAAGGAGGUGUAGUAGCGCAGUAGGCGCGCGUGCCGUUCCGUAGCUCUUCGACUUUGUCGUCGACGACGACGACAACGACGACGACGAAGACGAGGAGAGACGACAACGACAACGACGACGACGACGACGACGACGACGACGACGACGACAAGGACGCCGCCGCCGCCGCCGCCGCCGCCGACGACGACGACGCCGUUGCCGUGACGGUAACGACGACGACAACGUAAACGUAGACUUAGACACAGAGGUAAACGACGUUAGACAUAUACGACGUAGACGACAUAGGACCUUUAGACGUACGUAAAGUACGAAGAAAGAGAAGGAGAGCGCUGGUGCCGUUCCGUUCUCGGCGGCGGUCGUCGACGCUCGAAGCGAGAAAACCGGUACGCGUGAACGGCUCUCGCUCGGUGGUUUCGUUGCUCAGUGGAAGCGGGCCGGCGGAAGCGCGCGGAUCGACUGUCGUGCUAGCUCCUUCUCUUUUACGAGAGGGAUAUAUAAUACCGAGAGAGAGAGAGAGAGAGAGAGAGAGAGAGAGAGAGAGAGAGAGAGAAAGAGAAAAGAUUAUUUGAAAUUGAUCGUUUAACGAGUGAUCGAAUCAAAAGGAAAGUGUGAGCAAUCGAUGAGAUCGUCGUUCGAUCGAUGAAUCUAGGAACGUACGACGGACGUAAAACGUCUCGCGCGAGGACGAGAGUGGGAGGUGGUGUCGAAGGAAAAGCUGGAGGUGGAGGAACACGUGAGACGGCGCGAUCCAGGAGGAGGUGGUGGACGUCGUCGUCGUCAUUGUCGUCAUCAUCAUCAUCAUCAACGACAACAUCAUCAUUAUCAUUGUCGUCAUCGUCAGCGAUCAUCGAAAGGAUGCUUCUCUCCUUUUAUUGGAAGCCGCGGGAGAAGAGGACGACGAUUCGUGACGCGUGAUCCUCUUCCACGGAAUAGAGAUAAAUAGUGAUAAAGAUAGAGAGAAGGAAAACAUAAGAGGAAGAAGAAGAAGAAGAAGAAGAAGAAGGGUCACAGACGGUUUGCGUAGACGGGUGCGUACGAGCUUUAUACUGUGGCGAUGACAGAUCCACAGUUAACUAACAACAACAAUAAUAACAACAAUAAUAACAACAACAAUAACGAUGGCGAGCCGAAGUAUUUGCACAAGAAGUUUAAGAAGAUGGCGACGACGGAGGUUACGCCUCGAGUCGAGGCAAAGAAGGAAAGCACGGCCGAUGAUAAGGGGAAUACCGAUGUCCAGAAGAAAAGGGAAGCGGUCAAGGAGAGCAGAGAUUCUCCAAAGGAAGCCCUCAAGGCCGAGGCAUCUCCUGAGACCGAGACCGAGCCCGCGGAAUCGCGAAAAACCGGAUACGUUUGCCCUUAUUGUAAGCUCUCCUGUGCCAAGCCAAGCGUUUUGCAAAAGCACAUUAGGGCACAUACCAACGAGAGACCGUAUCCUUGCGUGCCCUGCGGUUUCGCUUUUAAGACCAAGUCGAAUCUUUACAAGCAUCGGAGAUCUCGGACUCACGCUUUGAAAAUGGAAGGCGGCGAUAGCAGCAAGCAGGUGUCGGAGGACUCGGACAUUAGCCUGUCCGACAGUGCCAGUAACGGUACAGGGACUCCACCACCUCCGCCAACGUCAACGCCCACGACGACCUCCUCCGUCGUGAAGACCGUCAAGACUGGAAAAAUCUACAAGCCAAAGUUCCACACCGCCCUCCAAUCGAUAAACAAUGAGACGGAAACGUCUUCGUUUUCGUCUACGACGAGCUCUUCCAGUAAUUCUUCCGUAGCUGUGACCAAUAACAAUAGCACCGUGAACGCUGCGAAACCGAACGCGGAUAGGUUGCAGGAACACAUCGAUAAAAUUAUAACGGACAAUCGUGCGAUCGUCGAUGCGGUAGAUCCUCGUCUUCAUAAAUUAAUGCAACGACAGCAGAGCAUGGUCGAGAUAAAGCAGUCCGAUCAACCCUUGAAUCUCUCAUCGGCGGACGAAUCCUCGACGAGAAAACGUUGUUACAGCGAGAGUUUCGCUCAGGAGAUUACGGAUCGAGAGCCGACGAGCAAUAGCGAGGCAUCGAUCAUCAAGGAUCUUUUAUUGAAGACGCGCGGAACUGGCGACGCAGAGGCUACCACGGAGAUCGAGAAUUAUGUAUGUCCGUCGUGCAGUAUACCGUACACGAGUAUCGACAAUCUCGAGACUCAUCGACGAUAUUAUUGCAAGGGACCGAUCAGCCCUAGGAGAUCGGAUUAUCAGUUGGAUAACGAGAAGAGAGAAUCCGAGUUCGAGUCGAAGUCUUCCGAUUAUUACGCUACCUUGCAACCCCUUCCUUCGCCAGGACCUCUGUUGGGUAACACGAGACUCGUUGAUGCUUACGCGCCACCCGCGAAAAAACAGCGCUCGGAAUCUGUCCCAACUAGUUUGAGAUCUCUCGAGGAACUAAGCAAAUAUCCGAGGCCAAACUCCUUGCAAAUGUUCGGAGGGGAGGUUAGGAUACUCGACAAUACGGGCGAGACGAAGACCAUGAGAAUCGAGCCACGACAAACUAAUUCACCGACGAGCGAACAGAUCUCAAGCAACAAGUGCGUCACGUCGGAGACAGCUUCGAUCGUGGUAAGAUCGGGUCUUCAUUCGGGCGGUACUAUGGUGCAUAAACCGCCUGGCACGCCUACCAGCACACAAAGUUCCUCCAUAUCUUUGCCAAACACUCCAAAAAUGUUGGCCCCCAUCAUACCAAACAUAUCAACUCCAAACAUAGCACCGACGAUGUCCUGCUACAACUACCUGGAACCGCAUUUGAAUCCAUUGACGAGCAUAACCGCAUACAAUCCGUUGACGUUGCCUCAAGCGGGUAUAACGAGUAUUCUUCACGGUGGUAAGGUUAUACCUUACGUACCUGGUAUGCCAGGACCACAUACCUUGACCGGUGCACCGCCCCCACCGCCCCCGCCACCUAUAGAUAUAUCACCUGGUGUAGCGUCCGGUGAGGUUGGAUAUAAAGUCAUACCAGGUGUACCGGGUCUGCACAUGAUACCCCAACCUUUGGAUCUCGCAAGUCCGGUCAAAAUUCAGACGCCCAACGUACCUGGAAUACCGGGACCUGGAAUAUCCGUUGGACACGUCUCUAUAAUGGGCCAGCCAUUGGAUCUAGCUAGUCCCGCGAAGGAGAGCAAGCUUAACUUUAAAACUCCUAGCAGCGACGGUUUGAGAAGCGCCGGUGGCUUAACGAGUCCCAAAGUUCCUACCGUCGUCAAGGUCGAUAAUUCUACGGACAAAUAUCGGCCAAGUAGGAUGUCUCUCACAUCUGUCGCCGAUCUGCCAAUAAACGAACUCGAUCGUCAUAUCAAACACAACGUUCCUGCGAAACAUAAAACCAUAGAGAGCCCCCGAGAAAAGAGAGAGUUGUCUCUCGUCGAGAAAAGUCCCAACGUCGAAAGAACUUACGCUUAUUCUAACGGCAUCGACGCACCUGUUAAUUCCGCAAAUUCGUAUGCCAAGCACAAAUAUUCACCUAAAUCGACUUCGGAGAACAGAAAGAGGCCCUCUACUUGGAACAUUGCCGAGAUGGAAAUCGGCAGAACGCAGGUCGAAACUUUAGAGUACGGCUCGAAUUUGAAAUACGAUUCUUCGCCCUCUCGUGAAAAUGGUCGUAUCAAAAUUAACGUUCUCGAAGGUAGAGGAAAGAUAGUCGAAAGUUAUAAUACCGUCGGUGAAACCAAAUUAAAAUCUAAUCCUGCAGUAUUAGCGGGAGCAGUACCGCCACAGUCACACCCGCCCCCACCACCGCCGCCGCCGCCUCCUCCACCGCCACCGCCACCGCCACCGCCACCAACACCACCAGUGAUACUUGUGAAUUUAGAUUCAUCCAAGUCAGAAGUGCCAAGUAAAACUUCCGUAGAAUUAGUUGUUAAAACGGAUAAGUCUGAAGCUAAGUCGCCGAAAUGUAGCGACGGUGCUAAAGAAGAGACCAGUGUUAAUAAGUUUUUAAGACCCACUUCUUUACCUUUAAAACCUGGUACGUUUACGCCAAAAAAACAUCACGGAAUUACGCCAACGGCGAAUACCCUAUCCCUUAUAAGCCCGGAAACUCCUAGGCCCAAAAAAUCCUACGGACAACUUUAUUUAAAUGGACACGCCUAUACAUAUCUAGGUUUGAAGUGUUCAACGAGAGUAUUUUAUUGUACCCUAAACAGACCGCAGCCCAUGUACGUUACUCAACAGCACGGUCUGUCUAUGUAUUCCAAUUGGAAGAUUUGUAAAGAAGCUCCGCCAGAUUUGGAUCUGGCGCAUUAUGAUUCUAGAAACAGACCUCUUAAUUAUACCACCGCUUGUACCAUGCGAGAAGAUAUAUUGACGCAUUCUUCGCAGAGGCCUAUCACUCCAACCAGUCCGGAUAGUGGAUUAGAAAGUGAUAUACAAGAAAAAUCCAAGAGAAUUAAAAUUUUCGACGGCGGUUUUGAAAGUAACGAGGAUUACACGUACGUUAGGGGUCGUGGUCGCGGUCGAUAUGUCUGCGAAGAAUGUGGCAUUCGUUGUAAGAAACCGUCGAUGCUGAAGAAACAUAUCAGAACUCAUACGGACGUACGGCCAUACACCUGCAGGCACUGUGCCUUUAGCUUCAAGACCAAAGGCAAUCUCACAAAACAUAUGAAGUCAAAGGCACAUUAUAAAAAAUGUGUCGAGCUUGGAAUUGCUCCGGUACCAACUACAGUUUGCGACGAGAAUAUCGACAAAGAGGCUAUUGCGCGAUUGGCCGUCGGUGGAAAUGCCGAAGAAUCUACUUCGGAGGAGGAAGAGAGCGAAGGUGAAGGAGAAGAAAGCGAAGAAUCUGGGAGCGAAGAGCACGAAGCGGCACAAAGUUUGCUAAGUCUGUCGCAACGUAACACUAAUAGAUUACCAGGAUUAUUGCCUUCGGGUCGACCAACGACAUAUCCUUAUACUUUGACUUUUCCAUCGAGCUCCGUUACAACGAAUAUCAUAUCAACCGUUUCCAGCACCUUAUCUACCAGCGAUCAUAAUACGGCCGAUCAAGAAACUAGCCUCAUUCAGAGCGAACACUCGCAUCGUUAUUAUUUCCCUUCGAAAUGGACAGCCGCGGAUGAGUUAAGAACUAGCGUUAUACAAUUAUCGAAGAAAGACGAUUCGGAUAUCGAGGUAGAAGAGAUAACUGAUACGGAUUCGCGCCAACAGAUAUCCCAACCGAUGGAUCUUACGACUAAGCAAACUAUGCAACAGCCUGUACGAUCCCCAAUACCACCACAAAGAGCAAUGCCUGUUGACAUCUUGACACCGGUAUCAGAACCAGUUCUAUUACAAACGAUAGUGCAGACAAUGGAACGAUUACCUAUACAAGGUAGAGAAUGGAAGCCUAAUGCAGAGGGACGUAUGCUUCAAGCAUAUCUUACCGAGAGACACGUCAUGGACAGUAAAAUAAAACAACAAUAUCGCGUGGGAAAUUCGAAAAUCGAUAGAACUAUGGGAGGAGAUAGAGACGUUUAUCCUAAAUAUCAAGAUGCUGGGAGAUCUAGAAAUCCGGAAAAUAGUGACAUUCCUGCGGUAACAUAUACGGAUCCAACGAAAUUGCAACAGAACGCAAUGGAAUCAAAGAUCAAACACGUGACGAAGCAACAAUCGUCGGACGAUAUUAAAAUGGAAAUUCGAGAAAAGAUUUAUCAAAAUAAUGUAGCAAUGGAAAGAAAAGUUUAUAAUUUCGAAACGAUUCACAAAGACAAGGAACAGCAUGUGAGUCGCGAUAUUCAUGACAACAAUUCCAGAACCAAUAUCGAAUAUGGCAUCGUAAUGAAUAAGAAUAUUAAUCCGAUCGAAAGGACAAAUUAUUCUUCUAUGGAUAUAUCAUCUCGUAGUACACCUGGUAUGGAUCGUCACUCACCAAAAAAUUUCCAUUCGGAUGCUAACAAUCGACUCGUUUCUAUUCAAUACGGUAACAACGAGCCACCCGAUAGAACAACCAUACUUAAAACGAUAAACGUGGCGAAUCAAGACGUUAGACCGGCUAAUCAAGAAAUGCGCAUACCUUCGGACAUUAGAAUGCAAAGUCAAAGUCCACGAAAUAUAGACCUUCGGCCACCUAGCAGAGAAUUAAGAAUGCCCAAUCAAGAUUAUCGUGUGCAAGCUCAAGAGUUACGUUUAACUACUCAAGAUUACAAAUUACGCGGUCAAGAGAUACAAUCACUUGGAACGGAAUUUAAACAGAUACCAACGGAUGUACGUUUGAGUCAAGAAAUCGUGUCACCGGGGAACCUAGAGGCAAGACAAGUUAUCUCAGACAAUAGACCACCCAGUAGGGAUAUGCGCAUGCCGGAAUAUAGAUCAGAAUAUAGAUCUCAACCGCAAGAAACAAGACGUCAUUUUGAUAUAAUACAAUCGUCUACGCGCGAGUCCCCGAAGUUGCAGGAUGUAUCUCAAAGACCACAAAAUAUAGAUAUAAAAAAUGUAGAUCGUUCCGAUAUCAAGCAUAAUGCAGAAAUGACGAAACAGACCAUAGUGGAAAGUAUUAAACACACGGUAGUAGCUCGAAAGGUGGUCGUCGGUGGUCCAGAUUUCAGGUCGCCCUCUCCAACGGUGGGAAAUGCUAAACCUCAAGCCGAGUUCUUACAACCAUCGACCGGACCGGCCCCAAAUUAUGUGAGUUACAGUGUAACGGAAGACGGCCGAAGCGUAUGCGGAAUUUGUAACAAGGUGUUCAGCAAACCUAGUCAGUUACGAUUGCAUAUCAAUAUUCAUUAUUUCGAAAGACCAUUUCGAUGUGAGAGUUGUGCGGUCUCUUUUAGGACAAAGGGCCACUUGACGAAACACGAAAGAUCGGUUUCACAUCACAAUAAAGUCAGUAUGACGUCCACUUUCGGAGCUGCCACUACUAGCAAUCCUAGACCCUUCAAAUGUACAGAUUGCAAAAUCGCCUUCAGAAUACACGGUCAUUUGGCUAAACAUUUGCGUAGUAAAAUGCAUAUUAUGAAAUUGGAAUGUUUGGGUAAAUUACCGUUUGGUACGUAUGCUGAAAUGGAAAGAUCCGGUAUCAAUCUAAAUGAUAUCGACACCACGGACUGUGAUAAUAGUCUUACUAGUCUUCAGAUUUUGGCACAAAGACUUUGCGAAAAGGAUCCAAAUAAAAUGGGUCAAUGGGAUGCAGAGGUAGUUCAAAGUCAACCUAUUAGCGGUGGUGAAACGUCUUCCGACGAAGGUGAACCUAUAUCUCAACAUCCAAUUUAUUCGUUUCCCGUGAAAGUGACAACGGAUGCGGAAAUGUCUCGACCAUAUCAUGUGCCAAUAGCAACUGAAGAACCUAAAUCUAUGGUGGACGUUCAUCAUAUUAAUUCGCAAUUCAAUCAACAGAAACGGGAAUAUGGUAUGAAGGAAAACGCAAACCGAUCGACAGUUUCACCAGAAAAUAAUUUACAAUCAUAUAAGUGCCAAGUCUGUCCAGUGUCUAUGCGUAAUGUAAAUGAAUUGCAAGUGCACUGUUUUGUUGAACAUAAUAUUGAAACGGAGUCUAGUACAAAUGUUCACGGGGAUAGAGGUGCGAAUAAAUGUAGGGAAAAAGAGAAUACUCAGAAGAAAAUUUCUGCGGAGGAACGUGUUGUUAGAGAAGAUCACAAUCGACAAAAGAUAGGAGAUACAUAGUGCCAAAAUUAUCUGCUACAUCAGCAAAUAUUCAAUAAGAGAUACUAUAUUACAUAAACAUACGUGUUGGCCCUUUUAAGAUGAUGGACUUUUAUGAAAGCAUUGCAAUUCUGACAAAUUAAUCAUUAUUAAAAGAAGACAUUAUUUAAUGUGAUGUUGUAUUUUGAUCAGAAUCUUUCUUUAAAAUGUUAUGGUCUAACAUUAAAUUCUAUUCAUUUUGGGAGAAAAGUUUCUAUGUACUAUACGGAAUAUGUACAGUGAAUGAUGUUGACCAAAAGUAAUUAAUUGUUAAUGAUCUAAUGAUAAAUUUGGAAAUAUGCUAAAGACGCCAUGAUAAUAAAUACUGUGAAAAAAAGUAGGAGAAUUUCAACGA